AUGGCAUCUGGUAAAGUUUACUCAGAUGUAGUCAUGGAUAAUCUUGCCAAACAACGAGCGAUAUCAAAUACUCAUCAAGUAUACAUUCACAAUCGGGGACAUAGUCUUUUCAGUGUUCAGGAGCUGCUUCGUCCACCAAGCGGCCGACCAACAGUAACAUUCAUGGUAGACCUUGACAAAGAAUGGUGUGAUUGUGUUGAAUUUCAGGCAUUACAUUACCCUUGUUCACAUGUCAUAGCUGCUUGUUUAAAAAUUCACCAUGACUUCAUGAUGUAUGUGUCUCCCCGUUACACAUUACAAUAUGUUUUCAACACUUACAAAGAGGAGUUCCAACCAAUUCCUCUUCAAUCCUACUGGCCGGAAUAUGACGGAGUUGAAUUGUGCCACAAUCCAGCCAUGCGGAGGGAUCCAAAAGGCCGUCCACAAUCUGCUCUAAUUCAUACUGAAAUGGAUCUAAGGGAGAGUAGUAGACACCCAAAGAGAUGUAGUAUUUGCAGGAACGAGGGAUAUAGCAAGAAAAAAUGUCCCCAAAAUGCUAAUGUUUCUGAAAGAAAUUGA